GCUCCCUAUAUCAACCCCACCGGACGUCCCUCCAGCUCCCAGCCAGCCUGCUCCCCCAGCGCUCCUCUUCCUCCUCCUCUCCUCACACCACUGCAGGCUGCAGCCAGCUAGUCCUUUGAACCAAGAGCAACGCCGCCGCGGCAGAUCGAUGGGCAUCGUCGACGUGGUCUCCGAGUUCUGCACGCUGCCGCGGACCCGCCGCCACCUCAGGCGGCGGAAGCACUUCCAGACGGUGGAGAUGAAGGUGCUGAUCGACUGCGACGGGUGCGAGCGCAAGGUGCGGCGCGCGCUGGAAGGGAUGGAGGGCGUGACGGCCGUGGAGGUGGCGCCGCGGGAGCACCGGGUGACGGUGACGGGCCACGUCGACGCGGGCAAGGUGAUGCGGCGGGUGGCGUACAAGACGGGCAAGCGGGUGGAGCCGUGGCCGUACGUGCCGUACUCCGCGGUGGCGCGGCCCUACGCCCCGGGGGCCUACGACCGCCGCGCGCCGCCCGGGUACGUCAGCGCCGCCGCCGUCGCGGACCCGGGCGCUGCGCCGCUCGCGAGGGCGUCGUCCACCGAGGCCAGGUACGCCGCGGCGUUCAGCGACGAGAACCCCAACGCCUGCGCCGUCAUGUAGCCAGCUAGCCAUAGCAGCUUCUCCCGUUGUUGCUCGCAUGCCUCUCUCCUGGAGAUUAACUGGAGGUUGUUGUUGUUGUUGCCUUGUUGGGGAUUCUUUCAAGUUUUCUUUUUCUCCUUUACUUUCGUUCUUCCGCUGUCGUUUGAUGUAAAAGAGGAAGAAGAUAUGAUUUGAGUAGCGUUGCGCAAAUCAUUGGUUCAGUAAGAUUCGAGAGCGUGGUUGUUCACAUGGCAUCGACGUAUGAUGCUAAUAACCUAAGAUAUAUAGUAGUUGCA